ACCCCUGUGCUCCCAAGCCUCUCUCUCACCUCUUCCGGGAGGCCCCUUCUGGUGCUGAGGGCUCCAAGGGAGGGAGGUAGAGAAUGUGAGAUAGAGAGGCAUGUUCUGAAACACCAACCAAACCACUGAUUAUGUGACACCCUUCCUCACCACACGCUGCGAGGGGAACCAGGAUCUCGGGGAGGGGAGACAUUAUCGGUGCAACGCAGGAAGGGGGGGUGUAUGACAAGAGCAGGUUGCAAAGAGCUGAACUGGGUGAAACAGAACCAGCCUGGUCUUAAGGAGCACAGGCCCCCUAGCCACCCCUACUGCUUGCUGGCUUCUUUUUCUUGAGCUCAGGAGACCCAGGAGUCUGGGUGCAUAGCCUCCUCCUCUCUCAGAGACCCAGGAAGCUGGAUCACCAGCCUCUUCAACCUCCAGAACCCAGAAGCCAGCGCUCACCCUCAUGGAGCCCUGUCGGUCCCUGGCCCUGCUGGCUGGCUCCCUGGGCCUGAUAUCUAUCCUUGUUGCUCUGAGCACGGAUUUCUGGUUCGUGGCCAUAGGGCCCACAUCUUCAGCUCACUCAGGUCUCUGGCCAAAAGGGAAUCAGGACCCAGUAGCAGGCUACAUCCACGCGACACAGACCUUCAGCAUUCUGGCUGCCCUGAUUGGCCUGGUGUCCGUGGGCCUCCUGGUCCUGUCCUGCAUCCCCUCGCUGUCGGCCCCGGGCCGUGGGCCGCUUGUCUCGUCCAUCACAGCUUUUGUUGCAGCCCUUUUUGUGAUGGUGGCCGUGGUGGUCUAUACCAGCGAGCGGUGGAAUGAACCCAGAUGCUCCCAGGUCCAGACCUCCUUCUCCUGGUCCUUCUACCUGGGCUGGGUUUCCGGUCUCUUCUUUCUCAGUGCAGGUGGCCUGAGUCUAGGUGCUCACUGCAAUGCCCCCCGGCCUGGCUACGAAACCAUGUGAGGCGCAGGCGAGGACAGCAAGAUGGGUUUGGCGCGUCCUUCUCUGAAAGCAUCAUCGGGAGACAUGGGAACACCUGACCCUCCCUCGGCCUUCACCUCCAGCACUUUCACAGCCCCAUUUGUUUCUUCACUCAGUCAACAAAAAUUGGUGGAAGCUUG